AUGGCAUACAACAAAGCCUCCAUGCUUUUUAGCUGCAUCCUCUUGCUUUUGCUUGCGCUUACUUUCUCCAUGGGAGAAAGUAAAGUCACCUUUCACACCAGUAAGUUCCAUCGUUUUUAUAACAAUGAAUUUCAAGUACGGGUGAUCGCGGUUCGGUUUGAAACCGUGAAACCGGCUAAACCGAUCAUUGGUUUGGUUUUACGUGUAAAUAAAGCUCAUCUUAGAGUACACCUCUCAAAAUCGUUUCCACUUUCCGUAAGCCUGAUCCCACUUACUCAAAAUCACAAAGCAAGUGAGCUUCCUCUUCCAGCUAUGGUUGUUGUUCAUACUCAAAAUCGCGGUUCGACUAAAAUGGGCCUAAAAAGCCCAAAACCGUGA